AUGGGGGGUCUACUUGAUAUGAUGACGUCGAUCUCACAAAGCUCUUGCCGAUUAGAGAAAUCAAGGGCUGGGGUGCAACAGGGGUUUCGGGGGAUCAGCGAAUUCGAUGCCGGAACUCCCAUCGAAGCAGAGAUUAAGACACAAGGGAAUGUGUACCGCUUGGAAAAACCAUCGAGCUUUUCUAAGAAGGGUGCGCGAAUGGUUGCAUCCAUCGGGCUCGCCGCUCCCAUUGCACAUGUCAUCUGGAAUACAGGUGUCGGCUGUACCGUUCAGCCCGACCCUGAUGGUCCCCGGCUGGCGCAGUACUGCUGUCUUGAUCGGAUGCGCGGACACCGCGUGAGAAUCUCGGGCCAAAUCAUUCGCAAGCAUCAGUUCGCGAUGAGCCGGUCAUGCAAUCCUCAAGAAAGGACUUGGACAAACCGACUUGCGAGCGACUCGGACAAGAAUGCCUUGUCCAAGCGUUUCGGCGGAAGGAAAACGAGGAACCAGUAUGGCAAAGAACGGUUCACCAAAACUAAGGGAAGAGAAAGAGGCAUGUUUGUUAGCUCCCAUGGAUGGCGUACGUUUAGACACACAUAUGACUUCGUAACGUGCGCACACAUUGAUCCGCUCAUCGACGAUAUAUUGAGCUUGGUUGACCCUUGCACGUCACGGUAG